AUGGAGUUUCUUCAGUCUGCAACAUUUCCAAGUAAACAAAAGCUACUCAUUGCCGUGACAAUUGCCAUAGCUCUCUUCACCAUCAUUCCUAUUCUCUACCCUUUUGUUGAAGACCCUAACUUCUUCCUCAAGCAACAACCUCCAAGCCAAACCAACAUCGUUAAGCUCCAAAACAGUGUAGUAACAACACACGAGGCCUGCGACAUAUUCUCAGGAGAGUGGGUCCCUAACCUCGAGGCGCCUUACUACACCAAUACGACGUGCUGGGCGAUACACGAACACCAAAAUUGCAUGAAGUUCGGAAGACCCGAUACGGAGUUCAUGAAGUGGAAAUGGAGACCAGACGGGUGUGAAGAUGGCUUGCCGGUUUUUGACCCGUUUCGUUUUCUUGAGAUCGUGAGAGGGAAAACCAUGGCGUUUGUUGGUGAUUCCGUUAGCAGAAACCACAUGCAGUCUUUGAUCUGCCUUCUAUCUCAGGUUGAAUACCCGGUGGAUGCUUCGGUUAAGGCUGACGAAUACUUCAAACGAUGGACAUACGAGACGUACAAUUUCACGAUCGCCACAUUUUGGACACCACACUUGGUAAAGUCCACAGAACCCGACCCGACCAAACCCGAGCAUACUGAUCUUUUCGAUCUACACCUUGAUGAGGCGGACGAGAGUUGGACAGCAGAGAUAGGAGACUUUGACUACGUGAUCAUCUCCUCCGGCCAUUGGCAUUUCCGGCCAUCCGUCUACUAUGAAAACGGGACAAUCACCGGUUGCCACUAUUGCGAAUUACCGAACAUAACAGAUCUCACAAUGUUUUACGGGUACAGAAAAGCGUUUCGAACCGCGUUUAAAGCGAUCUUGGACUCGGAAAGCUUCAACGGGGUAGUGUACUUACGGACUUUCGCGCCGUCACAUUUCGAAGGUGGUUUGUGGAAUGAAGGAGGAAACUGUUUGAGGAAACGACCUUAUAAGAGCAACGAGACUCAAGACCAAGUGACGAUGAAGCUACACAAGAUUCAGCUGGAAGAGUUUUGGAGAGCUGAAGAAGAAGCGAAGAAGAAAGGGAAGAGGUUAAGACUACUAGACACGACUCAAGCAAUGUGGCUUAGACCUGACGGUCACCCGAGCCGCUACGGUCAUAUCCCUGAGGCCAAUGUGACCUUGUACAACGACUGUGUCCACUGGUGCUUGCCAGGUCCUAUUGAUAACCUCAACGAUUUCUUGCUCGCUAUGCUAAAGAGAGAAGAAGACAAAGGAUUAUUGGCUCACGUUCGCAAAAUGUUGUCGUAA